GUAUCAUUCAAUGAAGUUCAAUUACGAUUGCCUUUCUUUACCAGUUUAUUCUUAAAAACGCCUCGGUAUAACCUAAUAGCGCCUUAGGUCUCUUUCCCAAUUAGCCAUUUAAACCUAAUUUCUAGUGAGAUAUCUAUUCCCGCUAUUUGAAGAGAAAAAAACCACCUAUUACCGAGUUGUCAACCCUCUGGGUUACUGCCAGUCAGUAUGCCUCCGAAAAAGAAAGAAGAUGUCAAAGGCAAGAAGCCUUCCGCUGCCAAGGUUGCCGAAGACAAGACAUUUGGUAUGAAAAAUAAGAAGGGUUCGGUUGCCCAAAAGCAUAUCAAGCAGAUUCAGGCGACGGCCAAAGCUGGAGGUAGCGCGGAAGAGAAGAAGAAGCAAGCAGAGAAGGAUGCCCGUGCCCGAGAGAAGAAGGCAGCCGAUGAUGCCAAGCGGGAGGCCGAAGCACUACUCAACAAACCAGCCCAGAUACAGAAAGUUCCUUUUGGUGUCGAUCCGAAGACCGUUGUGUGUAUAUUCUUCAAGAAAGGCAAUUGCGAAAAGGGGAAGAAGUGCAAAUUCGCACACGACCUCUCCGUUGAACGAAAGACCGAAAAGAAAAACCUAUAUACCGACGGGAGGGCGGACGAAGAGGAAAAGAAAAAACAGGAAACAUCUGCAGACUGGGACGAAGAGAAAUUACGCAAGGUGGUUCUUUCUAAGAAGGGCAACCAAGUGACCACAACCGACAAAGUUUGCAAGUUCUUCAUCGAGGCGAUCGAAGACGGGAAAUACGGUUGGUUCUGGACAUGUCCUAAUGAAGGCAAUAAGUGCAAAUACAAGCACGCACUUCCACCAGGUUUCGUACUUAAGACCAAGGAACAGCGCGCAGCUGAGAAGGCUCUCAUGGACAAGUCUCCGCUCAAGACUUUGACUCUUGAGGAUUUCUUGGAAUCGGAGAGACACAAGUUAACCGGAACGCUCACGCCUGUCACCCCGGAAACUUUCGCUAAGUGGAAGCAGGAACGAUUAGGCAAGAAGGCCGCCGAGGAACAAGCUCGGCAAGCUAAGGAGUCGACCGGUCGUGCUCUAUUCGAAAGUGGUAACUGGAGAUAUGGAGAAGACUCUGAAGGCUCUGACAAUGAAGAAGAUGAUGAAGAUGAUGGUACUUGGAAUCUGGAAAGGCUACGGCAAGAGACACAAGCCAUCCGAGACAAGAAGGAAGCAGAUCGAAUAGCUGCAGCUGCGGGCUACUCUGCCGAUUCAUAUCAACCUCCGGACACCGGGGAUAGUACUCCCGUGGCUGCGGGCGCUUGAAGUCCUUACCCCCAAUAUCAUGGGGUAACAGAGCAAAAACUUUGGGUAAACCAGUAGACUUCCAUCGUGAAGAUGGAUGCUCACUAUAAGCGACGCGUCAAGGACAACAUGUCGACAGUUUGAUGAUGCUGUUACGUUUAGGCUAGAGCGAACCCAGAUAGGGGUUGAGCUACUGCUAGUCUUCUGGACCAUGCGAGACAGCACGAAUCCGCCAUGAAAUUGGCGAGUUCAGUCUACCGGCUUAGGUUUCUAAAGAUUGUACUAAUCGAAAACAAAUUCGAGAUAUACUCUAUCACUCAUUCUUCCAGUUGUUAUACCUUCGUCAAUCCCGUUUCGGUUAAUG